GAUGCAGGACUGGGGCAAGUGGUUGCUACGGACACAAGUCAAAUCCCCUACUACCUGGUAGGUGAUGAAUGGAUCCGCCUGCCUGGUUCCCUGAAGCAUAUCACUGUAGGACCAGCAGGGAUCUGGGGUGUCAACAAGGCAGACUCAAUCUACAAGUAUGUGGCCGGUAACUGGGUGCAAGCUGCAGGCCUUCUGAAACAGUUGGAUGCUGGAGGUGAACAGUUUAUUGUGGGGGCCAACAUGGACGAUACUCCAUUCUGUCUGACACGUAGUGCCACAGUUGGUUACAAGGGACCUGACACACCCCUUCCAUGGACAGGAUUGCCAGGAGCUGUGAAGUACUACAGUUGUGGACCCUUUGGGUGCUGGGCAGUCAACAAGAAUGAUGAUAUCUACUUAAUGAGUGUGAAUCUAGACUGCCAAAACAAGGGGUGGAGUCAAAUUGAUGGCAAGCUUUCCAUGAUUGAGGUGGCAACUGAUGGUAGUGUCUUUGGGGUCAACUAUGCGGGUAGUGUUUAUACCAGGUAA